CUGAGACGAGCAGCAUUGCGUAAAGCGACCGACCCACAUUCACCCGUAUUGACGAGAAGCGCGCUUCAGCACCUUGGACAGCGCCUGGGGCUUCGGGUACCACCAACAGAACCUUCUUCCCCUUGUUAGAUAUGAAGAAAGCUAUGGCAUCAGCGAGCAGCGGUCAGUUCCUCCUCAUGGUCAUCUUCUCUGUGCUGUGCUGCAGGUCAGCAGCUCUUCCAGCAAUCACCACAUACUCAGCCUUAAGCAGGUCUGGGACACUGAACGGCGAUGGAGACGCAGCCUGGCCGAGUGACCCGACCCAGGACGUGGAAAUGUAUAAACUUCUGUAUGAAAUCGCCAACACAGUGGAAAGACCACCAAGACACGCGGAUGGACUUUUCACAAGCGGAUACAGCAAACUGCUCGGACAGCUCUCUGCCAAGGAAUACCUGGAGUCCUUACUAGCAAAGCGCGUCAGUGAUGAUCUGGGCGCGGAAGAGCUGCGGAUGAAACGCCACUCAGAUGCAGUUUUCACAGACAACUACAGUCGCUUCCGCAAACAGAUGGCGGCCAAGAAAUAUCUCAACUCGGUUUUGGCAGGAAAGAGGAGCCCAGAAGAUGCUCUAACCAUGCCUAACCAGUCCAAAAGCACUGAAAACUCCUUACAGCAAAGCUUUGAGGACCCUGUUGACCAGCUCCUCCAGCAGCUCCCACUAGUAUGACCACUUUCCUCCAGACAACUCUAGGUGAUGAUGGCUGCAUCAUUUCAAGCUUUCAAGACCUUCUCUAUCUAAGACUAUUUAUUAUUUAUUUAUCCUGGGACCGUCAAUAUCGCAACUGAUUAUUAUAAAACAUGCAGUAUUCUAUCAUAUGAACAUACAGUCCUGAAAUAAGUCAACCUCUGUAUUAUAAAAACAGUAACAAUGGUAUUCAAAUGUCUGUUGUUUGUGUGAUAAAGCUAAAUAUUGUUUUAUCUGUUCAUAAAAGAGCUAUAUUUUGACUGCUGAAAUUAAAUUACACAAUAAA